GAGCAGCGGCGAGGGCGCACAUCCAGUAGUACGGCGCAGCCAUGACGGGCCCGGCGCGCGCGCGCCGUUUUGCGCUCCACAUCGUGCCCGUCGCGCUCCUACUUUUCCUGUUGUCACCUCAUCAAACUUCAGCUGUGGUGUGUAAUCAAACGGCGUGCGACUGCGAAGGAAUAAAAGGCAGGCGAGGGGAUGCAGGUCCUAUUGGUAUUAUCGGCCCUCAAGGUGAUUAUGGAGAAGACGGGCCAGAAGGACGCAUGGGCCCGCCAGGUAUACCCGGGGACAUGGGCGACUUCGGGAGCUAUGGUGACAAAGGAGAAAGGGGUUUCGAUGGGUCAUAUGGUCCUCCUGGAUAUCCUGGGCAACAGGGCCCGAAAGGUUUGCAAGGUCUUCCUGGAAAUGCUGGUUUGGACGGAUGCAGUGGCGUUGACGGCAGGCCGGGAUAUCCUGGAAUAAUGGGUCCCCCUGGUGACAGAGGCUUAACAGGAAAGUACGGAGACAAAGGUUUUAAAGGAGACAAUGGCGAGGGAGGGGCUAAUUCCCGGGGAAUAGUUGGUGAUAAGGGUGAAAGUGGUUGGCCCGGAAACCCUGGCCCUCCAGGACCGAUAGGUUUCACAGGAAAUAGUGGAGAACGAGGUGAUGAUGGAGAACAGGGUCUGAUGGGUCCUAAAGGUGAACCAGGGUACAGAGGUGAUCUUGGGGAAGACAAUUUUGGACCUAAAGGAGAUAAGGGAGAAAUUGGAGAAUACGGAGAUCCAGGGCGACAAACAAUAGAACCUCUGCCAUUCUCUGAAAACCGCACUAUAAUUGCUAAGGGUCCAGAUGGAGAUAAAGGAAUCAGAGGUCCAAAAGGUGAAAAGGGAGAAAAAGGAUUUUCUGGUUCACCAGGUCUACCAGGAGCCGAAGGGAAUGCGGGAAUUGAUGGCAUGAAAGGAGAACAAGGAGAAGUUGGUCCACGCGGAAAACCUGGUCAUAAGGGCGCGCCAGGCCCUUCUGGACAGAAAGGAUUGAAAGGAGCUCCUGGUCUUGCGGGUUUAGAUGGAAGAGACGGUGAAUCAGGGCCACCUGGUGAAGAUGGAAUCGACGGAAAUCCGGGACCACAGGGUCCGCCUGGAGAACCGGGAAUUUAUGAUGAGCGGCUAGAUAUUCCGCCUUCUCCCGGUGUUAUGGGCGAGCAAGGACCAGUUGGUGAAAUUGGGCCGAAAGGCUUUGCAGGUCGGGAUGGAGCGCCUGGACCGCCAGGUUUCAGAGGUCCACCGGGGCCUCCAGGUGCUAAGGGAGUACAUGGAAAAGUUGGCAACCCCGGCAUAUCUCCAAAAGGCGAACCAGGCAAUGAUGGUUUUAAAGGAUUGCCAGGUCUUCGAGGUCCUAUGGGCUAUCCAGGGCCACAAGGCACAAUGGGUCCUAAAGGUCAGAAGGGAUAUACGAUUAUUGGUCCAAAAGGCGAACCUGGAGACGAAGGUAGAAAUGGAGUGCCCGGUACGCGAGGGGAUCGUGGUGAAAUCGGUUUGAUGGGCCCUCCAGGAAUACCAGGAACCGGCGUGGAUGCGACUGGUCCCCCGGGAGAGAGAGGGCGACCUGGACCUCCGGGAGAAAGCGGUGAUCCUGGAUUUUCUGGACGGCCUGGAUUGUUUGGCCCUAAAGGCUUCCGUGGAGAUGAUUGUCCAUAUUGUCCAUCGGGAUUACCAGGAAUUAAAGGGAAAAAAGGUGAAAGUGGAUUCCCUGGUCAAAAAGGAUAUCCAGGUUUACCCGGGUUAGCUGGCCAGCGAGGAUUACCAGGAUACCCCGGAAGAAAUGGUACUAAAGGUCAGACAGGGCCAAAAGGAUUUAAAGGAAAGCAAGGACCAGCCGGUGAAGAAGGUUUAAAAGGAAGGAAAGGAAUACUCCGCAGACCACCUCUACCUCAAAUCGCCAAAGAAAAAGGCAAUAUGGGCGAUAGAGGAUUACCUGGAAGAGAAGGUCUACGAGGAGACAGAGGAUUCCCUGGAAUUUGGGGUGAUAUGGGUAUGAAGGGAGUCAAGGGUUACAGGGGUGAGCCCGGGCGACCCGGUAUGCCAGGGCGAGAUGGCCUCCCGGGCAGAGAUGGGAUUCCGGGAAGACCAGGGCGAGAUGCCGUAAAUCCUGGUAGAGAUAUUCUGGGUCAAAAAGGAGAACCUGGUAUAAGCGGAGAACCAGGAGACCGGGGUGACACUGGAUGGAAAGGAGACCGUGGUGAUUCUUCUGAACCCGAGUUCAAUCUGAAAGGAGAUAGAGGCGUCCAAGGACCUAUGGGCUCUAAAGGUUAUAUGGGCAGGAAAGGAAGCGUUGGCGAUAGAGGUGAUGAUGGGAUCCCUGGUUUAAGUGGAGACAUGGGCCUUAGAGGUCUCACGUUACAAGGAGAAAUGGGUGAAAAGGGACAGCCUGGUGAGAAAGGUGAUUGGGGUCCUUUUGGAGUACCAGGAAGUCCUGGUGUUCAAGGGCCUAAAGGAUUUCCAGCUCCAAAAGGGCAAAAGGGUUCUCAGGGCGCUGUGGGUCCUUCAAUUAUAGCAGGCGAAAGAGGUCCAAAAGGAAUACCGGGGUCUCCAGGAACUCCAGGGCUGGAAGGUUACCCCGGCAUGCCAGGACAACCUGGAGAGUACGGAAUCAAGGGAGAGACAGGGACUCCUGGCGAUAUGGGUCGGCAAGGAGACAUUGGUGCAACAGGACGUAAAGGCUACCCAGGAAUUCAAAGACAAGGUCCACCGGGAUUGCCGGGUAAGAACGGUCAACCGGGACGAAUGGGUUUGUUUGGUGAACGCGGAGCUGACGGAUUGCCGGGAGAACCAGGAGACGUAGGCCCAAAAGGAAUGAAAGGAGAAGUCGGGGCUAUAGGUAUACGAGGAAUGCAAGGGAUACCAGGAAUUGAUGGAGAACGAGGGUUCCAAGGAUUUUUAGGAGCUCCUGGUUUGGUUGGAGAGCCAGGUGAUCAGGGGGAUCCGGGACCUCCGGGUUAUGAUGGUUCGCCAGGUAGACCUGGCAUUACAGGGCGUAAAGGAGAAAAAGGAAUAAACGGUGUGAUAGGCUUAUCUGGUCCACAAGGCUAUGACGGUCAACGAGGAAAUAAAGGAAUACAAGGUGAUAGAGGUGAUUAUGGUGCUCAGGGUGAGCGUGGAGAAGAUGCAGCGCAAGGAGCACAAGGAAAUAUUGGAGAUCCAGGAUAUGACGGUAGACCAGGUUUACCGGGAAUAAAGGGCGUCAAAGGCAUAAAGGGCGACAUAGGCGAAACAGGAAUAUCUUUAACAGGAGAUCAAGGCAUAAAAGGCGAGCAAGGCCCAGAUGGAUUUCCAGGAAUACCAGGAAUUAAAGGAUAUCAAGGCGAUAGGGGUGACGGUGGCUAUCCAGGCGAAAAAGGCAUUGUAGGCGAUAAAGGUUACAGUGGCCUCCCAGGGUUUCCGGGUAGAAAAGGAUUAGACGGAAAUUCAGGUAGACCAGGAAUCAGAGGUUUAUCUGGGGAGACAGGUGAAAAAGGCGACGAAGGUGAUGAAGGCCAACCGGGCCGAAUGGGCAUACCUGGGUUGCAAGGUGACAGAGGCCCAAUUGGACCUAAAGGCCAAAGAGGUGACCCUGGUUUAAAAGGACCUAUAGGAUCACCCAGUUAUAGCUUCCCCGCUCCUAAAGGAGACCCAGGUAUUACCGGAUAUUAUGGCGUUCCUGGCAUACCGGGCGACAUUGGAGAACCUGGAUAUCCAGGCCCGAAAGGUGCUCGUGGUUAUAAAGGUGAUCAAGGCCAAGUUGGAUAUCCAGGAAAAGUGGGACUUCCGGGGCCCAGAGGCUUACCAGGUGAUCAAGGAGCCCCGGGGAUACCUGGUUUGAAUGCUUUAGAUGGUAAAGGAUUACCUGGAGAACCCGGCGUAGAUGGUUUGCCUGGUUGGCCUGGCCCCAGAGGGCAGAAAGGCGCUCCGGGUAUAUAUGGAUACGAUGGACCUAAAGGAAUUAAAGGCAAUCCGGGAAUUAGUUUUCGAGGCCCUAAAGGUCCCAAGGGAAUAGAAGGUAAUCCAGGCAGGCGAGGCUUUUCCGGAGCUGUUGGUAUACCAGGUAUGGAAGGUGCUCCAGGCCUACCAGGUAUACGAGGAGAUUUGGGAGAACCCGGUUUUGCGAUAAGCCCGAAGGGACCGAAGGGCGAAAUUGGUUUUAAGGGAGUAAAUGGUUUCAAAGGUGACCAAGGUGAAAGAGGAGACACAGGUUAUAAUGGAUUUGUAGGAGACCAAGGACCAACAGGUUUACCUGGAAUUCCAGGUGACAGUGGCGAAAUCGGACCUGUAGGGCUUCCGGGCCUAAAGGGUCUAAAAGGUGAUAAGGGCGAUAUGGUUAAUCCAUGGGAACAAACUCAGGGACCUAAGGGCGAAAUGGGACUUCAAGGGUAUCCUGGAGCUCCGGGUCGAGAUGGAAUUCAAAGCAUAUCCCUUAGAAACGGUAUGAAAGGGAAAAAAGGAAGCAGAGGCGAUCGAGGCUCUGAAGGUGCCAUGGGAUUCAUGGGUACCCCUGGUCCAAUGGGUAGAAAAGGAUUUACAGGUCUUAAAGGAUUUGAAGGUGUGCAAGGUAACAGAGGGCUACCGGGAAUACCUGCACUUCAGCCCAUACCGAAAUCAAGAGGCUUUUAUUACGCGCUUCAUUCUCAAUCUUCGAUGAUUCCGCAAUGCCCUCAAGGCACGUCACCCAUGUGGAACGGAUUCUCGUUAAUCCACAUUGUCGCAAAUGCUCAAGCACAUGGCCAAGAUUUAGGUGCUCCUGGUAGUUGUUUAAGACGGUUUUCCACGAUGCCUUACAUGUUCUGCAAUCUAAACAAUGUGUGCGAUUUUGCGCAAAGAGAGGAUUAUAGUUUUUGGCUGUCUACCGAUGCCCCCAUGCCCAUGGCCAUGACUCCUAUAGAAGCUAGAGAUGUUGGACUUUACAUAUCUCGGUGCCAAGUAUGCGAAUCGCCAACUCGAAUGAUAGCCAUACACAGUCAGAGUAAUGAAGUACCAAACUGUCCUGAUGAUUGGGAUCAGUUAUGGAUUGGAUACAGCUUUUUGAUGCACAUGGCUGGUUCAGACGCAGCUGGCCAGAGUCUAGUGUCGCCUGGAUCGUGUCUGCAGGAAUUUAGAACUAGGCCAUUCAUAGAGUGUAACGGACUUGGAAGGUGUAACUAUUUUGCCACUGCAAUCUCGUACUGGCUAUCGACGAUAGAAGACAACAAAAUGUUCCAAAAACCUGAGCAACAAACACUGAAACAAGAUCAUGUGAACAGAAUAAGCAGAUGUGCAGUGUGCAGGAGGAGGCCUCCACCACGAACGGGUUCCGCCGGGGACCCAUACCCGGGAGGCGCCUCAGUGGUGUCGGUGCCCAACUCCUACAUCCGCAACAACUACGCGCGCCGCCACCGACUACGGCCCUACCGCGGACGUCACGUUCGAAGACACCCAUAAUUAAUUUAAUAUCUUCCACAUUGUGAUAAAAAAUAUUUUUAUAACGGCACUGAUAGCCGGUUUUUGUUUAGAUACAAGAAAUAUCCCCCACUGCCAUCGUAUUGUAAUUAUAUAGUGCUAUUGUUAAAUUAAUAAAUUAAGAUAAAAUAUGGCUUAGAAAUUAAAAAAUACCACUCUCAUAACUAUUUAUAUAAAAUUCUAGGAAACUAAUAACAUUUUGAAGAUAGGUAUUACUUUUAAAUACUUGGAAUUUUAAGUGUGAGCGACUUUAUUUAAGAAUUUAUUUUGGGAACUACCCAUCUAACAAAUAAUUUAAGUAUCCUCCGGAAAUCUUAUUUUAGUCUGUUUCUGAAACAGAGCAAACUAUUAUUAAAAAAAGUAAGAAAAGCAAUAAAAUAGGUACUAUCAUAGUGUCAUAAUGCGAAUUUGUAAUAAAUUAUAACUGAAAACUCAACGACGAACUCAGCCAACGACUUCGAACAAGAAAUAACAUCUAGUCGCUACUUACUUAAUAAUAUGUAAGCCAAACUUAUAAAUAAGUACACAGGUUUAUCAAGGAUAUUUACGAAAUAUCUUACAAUCUUGUACAUAAAUUAGUUCUUGGUGUUAUAAUUAUAUGUGUAUUUUAGCAAGUAAGUUAACGUAAUAAAAAUAAUAAUACAUUUUUUCUUUUUAUUGGUUGACCGAGCGGGUCUUGGUGGACGUAUAUAUAUAAUAACCAUAAAA